CAGCCACGUGUGUUCUUAUGAAUAUUAAAAUCUACUUAUUUCGUUAUACGACAAACGAAAGAUACUGCUUUGUUGCGUAGACAAACAAACAAAAUCUCUUGAUAAUACCAGAUAUUCUUAAUUAAUUAGUACGUUUUAAACUCAACAUACCCAUAAGAAAAUCCAGUUAGCUCAUGGUUUCAUGUUUUCCAAUAGAUAUAUGUGUAUAUAAUUAAACGCUUUGCAUCGUUUGUGAUUUGCAUGUUGGAAAUAAUAAUGUUUUUUUUUUGCUAAUCAAGGUUUGAUUAAGGAAAAGGAGUUUGGACUUUGGACCUUUCUACUACAAAUACAUGUGGCCCUUUUUGGCCAACACCAAAAGUUCCAAAAAAGAGGCCAAAAAAUAAGCAACAACUUUUGAUUCUCUCGUAACUUCCCCCACAAAAUCAGCAGAGCGAGAGCGAGAGCGAUCGGUUAUGGCGGCGACGGAGCAUCGCGGCCUCAGUGGAGGAGACUACAAUGUCGACCUUUUACCAAUUGACCAAGACGAUUCGCCACCAUCUUCAUGGCGUCUCAGCCUCGACACAUUCCGUCUCCCUUCUUCUUCACCGUUAUCAUCAGGACGUCACAACGGCCGUACUCGCUUGUCUCGUUAUCUCCGGACUCCGAGUAAGUUUCUCUUCCUCGUCCUUGUCUUAAAUCUCCGUUCCUCUGUUUCGUCGUCUGUAUGUGUAUUAUCGAUGUACUGUUACGUGUUUACAUGAUCCACGCCAGGGAAUGUCACUCUAAUCUGCGAUUUCUCUUCUUCCAUUGAUAGUUUUAACCCUACGCGAAAUCUUUCCGCAAUUGGUCGAAGAAUAUACGUACGGUGUUCCCAAUAUGUUAACCCUGUGAAAAUUGUAGAGUGAUCUUACCGAAUUUUCUGUUUAAAAGCAAUUAAAUUGAUUCAAAAAGGAAUCUCAGCUUUCUGUUUUGCAAAAUUCUCUGUUUACAACUUGAAGCAUAUAUGAGAUUCUAUUGUGAAUCUGGGAAUAUUCUUUUGGUUUUGCUGGAAACAUAAUCAUUUCUUUAUUUCUAGUGUGAUAGGGACACAGAAUCAUAUUCUUCGGAGUUUUCACGCAUUGUAGUUUGCUGGGAGGAUGAUAAAAACCAUUAAGGAUCGAUUGUUAAACACGUUUGAAACUUUGAAUCAUUAGGAAUAAUCAGGUAACAAAACUUAACAUGGGUUUUACUCUUUUCUGUUGUGAAAAAUCAGAAAAGGAACGCAAAGUCUCAGAGUACUACAAACAGCAAGAGAAGCUUCUGGAGGGUUUCAAUGAGAUGGAGACAAUUAACGAAACUGGUUUUGUAUCUGGAGCUCCAACUGAGGAAGAACUGAAGAAGCUUGCAAAGAGCGAGAGGCUUGCAGUUCACAUCUCAAACGCAGCAAACCUUGUGCUUUUUGUAGCAAAAGUUUAUGCUUCUGUGGAGAGUAGGUCUAUGGCUGUCAUUGCUUCCACUUUGGACUCUCUCUUAGAUCUCUUGUCUGGAUUUAUUCUAUGGUUUACUGCUAAUGCCAUGAGAACACCUAACAAUUUUCGCUAUCCAAUUGGAAAACGACGGAUGCAACCUGUGGGAAUCAUUGUGUUUGCAUCUGUGAUGGCAACUCUUGGACUACAAGUGAUACUAGAGUCAACUAGGCUACUUGUUUCCAAGAAUGGUUCUCAUAUGAGUAGCACCGAGGAAAAAUGGAUGAUUGGAAUAAUGGCUUCAGCUACAGUCGUCAAGUUUCUGCUCAUGCUUUACUGCAGGAGUUUCCAGAACGAAAUUGUCAGGGCCUAUGCACAAGAUCACCUCUUUGAUGUUAUCACCAAUUCAGUCGGUUUAGCAACCGCUGUUUUAGCUGUAAAAUUCUACUGGUGGAUUGAUCCCUCUGGGGCUAUACUAAUUGCCCUGUAUACAAUCAGCACAUGGGCAAGAACAGUUCUAGAGAAUGUCCAUUCACUGAUAGGACGCUCAGCACCACCAGAUUUCUUGGCGAAACUAACGUUCUUGAUUUGGAACCAUCACGAGAAGAUAAAACACAUAGACACAGUGAGAGCCUACACGUUUGGGUCACACUACUUUGUGGAAGUUGACAUUGUGUUGCCAGAGGACAUGAGGCUGCAUGAAGCUCACAACAUAGGAGAAACUCUUCAGGAGAAGCUGGAGCAACUCUCUGAGGUUGAGAGAGCUUUUGUCCAUAUUGACUUUGAGUUUACUCAUCGUCCAGAACACAAAUGCAAGGUUUGAAUAUCACGAUAGGUUAAUGGAUCCAGAGGAAAUAAAUUAAGCAGGAUGUCUCGAUUUCUCUAGAGUUUUUGUUCCCUAUGUAGCAUUCCACAAAAGAUAAUAAGUUUUAAAUCCCCCAAUACGAGUGAGUGACACCUUUAGAAACGAUUUGGUCCUUUUAUGAGGUGAAAAAUGUAAAAUAUAUUCAAGCCCACAUUGAAGAAAAACUUAAGACCAAGCUGAAGGCCUAAGGCAUAUGGCUCAUUAAUGUGUACUAAAUAUAUAUUAUCGGCCCGAGUUACGGCUCGUUAAGAAAACAUAGAAAUGAUUUAGGCCCAACAAAUAAUGUAUGUUCUAUAUUAUAAGCCCAUUUAUUAUUACCCAGCUAAGUCGGCUUUGAAAAGAGUAUAGGCCCAUUUAGGUGUCACGCUCAUUAGGGUUUAUUGUAACCUAGAAUCAAAGCUAUAUAAGCCGUCUUUUCCACAAAUCCAUACAUCGGCCAAGCGAGCUCCUCAAUUUUUCUUGUUUACUUGUUUCCUCAUCUUUUAGUUAUUGUUAGAGGUUAUCUUAGGAUCGUAGCCUGUGAUGUUUGAGAUUGUCCGUACCAUCUGAGUUUCUCCUUGACGAUUACCUCCACUUUCUGAGGCUUUAGAUCUAAGAUCAUUAGUUUUAUUUUUACUUCGGCGAUGAUGAUGAAACAAGAUUACCAUCAAACUUUGAGAGGUUUUUCGCUCGUUGAUGUAAACUUCUUUUUAUAAUCUGAGCCUAGUUUGUUUGUUUGAAAUCUUAUGUGUUACAUGUUAUAUGAAAUCGUUUUGGUGAUAGGAAAGGCAACAAAUUAGAGUCUCUGAUUCACUUAUGUCAAUAGUGGAUAAAGCGCUGUACGUUGCCGAGAUAGAUAUGGCGAUAUUCUGGUACUUGGACUAGUUUUGAUAGUUCCAUGUGCAUUCAAAAGCCCUUACAUGUUUCUCUCAACUUAUUCCCAUUAGUAUAUGUAUUUUGAUUUGGU